CUGAUCCACGUGACGUCGGAGAGCUUCGCGGAGGAUUCAAGCAUGAAGGCAGCAGCUGCCGAGGAGCGGCGUGUGGUCCUCCGGGCGGGCCGAGACCCGGCGGUGACCGCCGACCUGAGGGUGGUGCGCCACCUGCGGGCCCUGGAGGAGGCCGGCUGGGUGCCCCCCUCCCUCUUUGGCAAAGUGCAGACAGACAUUCAGCCGCACAUGAGGAAGAUACUCACUGUGUGGAUGUUUAAGGUGUGUGAGGAGCAGCUUUGCGAGGAGGAGGUGUUUCCGCAGGCCGUGCGUUACCUGGACUCUUACCUGAGCCGUUUCCCCGUUGAGAGGUCCCAGCUGCAGUGUUUGGGGGCGGUGUGCAUGUACCUGGCCUCCAAAAUGAGAGAGACCGUCCCUCUGACUGCCACAAAGCUCUCCAUCUACACAGACAACUCCAUUCCAGUGACGGACAUCAUGCGCUGGGAGGUGACGGUGGUGUCCAGGUUGGACUGGUGUCUGGCGUCCGUGGUGCCCUCCGACUUCCUGGAGCCAGUUCUUCACGCUCUCCCCUUUGUUCAGCCCUCACACCUUCGAAACAUGCGCCGGCUUGUUCACUCCUGCAUAGCCUUGGCCGCCAUGGACUUCAGGUUUUCAGUCUUCCUGCCCUCCGUCCUGGCCUGUGCGUGUGUGAGCGCUGCCGCGCAGAGGCUGAAAGUGAUGGACGCCGACGUGGCCUCGGACGCCGUGCUGACGUUUUUAGCCAACCUGCUGGAGGCUGAUGUGAGCGCCGUCCUGUGCUGCCGUGAGCUGUUAGGAAGUGUGUUGGAACCCGGCCCACCCUCCUGUCUGCAGGAUGAUGUUGGCAGGUCAGACGCACACUGUUCAGGGAUCAGCUACACCCCUGCCGAAACCCAGGAUGUGCUAUUGACUCCGGUAACACCACAGCAGGAUAUGGAGCUUAAACACUCCACCCAGCCGUAA